CUGGGCAGUGGGUUUUCAUGCUGACCUUCUGCAUGAUGUAUGGAGUCCAACCUCGUAGGAACUUUGAUCAUACUAUUGCAGAACCAGAAGUUCAUCAGGCUGAUACAGAACUCUUUGUGGAUAUCGGUGACUCGGCUACUCUACAGUGCUGUGUUUAUGGGACAGAUAUUGGGGUAGUUAUUUGGUAUAAACAACCAAACAGAAAACAGCCUCGGAUUAUGUGCAGAACCUAUAAAACUGAUAAAGAAACUUUUUUUCAUGAAUUUCAAAAUCCUCGAUUUCAAGCAGAAAGAUCUUCAAACUGCUCCAAUAUGAUCAUUUCUAACAUUAUACAGUCUGAUGAAGCCGUGUACUACUGCUCAAUCGUCUCACCAUACAGUGUGUUUGGAAAUGGGACUUAUUUAAAAAUUAAAGGUAAGAAAGAUACUAUAUCAUCCGGAACAUCUAAACCAGGUCUGUGUGAUGAUUCAGUGCAUGGUGACUGCACUAAAAACACAACACAAGAGAAAGCAGUGCUCGGUUUGGGAUCGGCUUUGGGUUUGUGCGUGCUGAUGAUCUUCUGUCUCAUUUAUUUCCUACUGAGGAGGAGAAAAUGUGAUCAGAUGAACGCUUCCAUAGAAGAUUCUCCAGGAAUGAGGCAGGAAGCUGAAGAUGAAAGUCUCAAUUAUGCAGCUUUGAAAUUCUCCAAAAGAAAAGAGAAAGUUGAAAAUAGCAGAAUGGUCUCGACAGUUCAGUGUGUGUACUCCAGUGUGAAACACGAUUGUAAUAUGUAAGAUGAAGGCUCCAGAGCACAUGGUGUUACAAGCUACA